CCGAGUGGAACAAGGGGGGAAGUAGAUCUCACUGGAAAACGGGUAUCGCAUUGCGUAGAGGGCUUCUAGGAAGAAAAAAAGCCCACUCUGUUUCUGAAAGUAAGCCGGGUUCCCCAUGAUUCCAAUCGCAAUGGCCUCGAAAUUUAAGGAGAGGCAUAUAAGACAAGCUCAUUAUUACAAAGUCUAUCGCGCUUGUAUGAGAUGGUGCUGGAAUGAGGUGAUGAACAAGGCUGCUAUUGAGAGCGAGCGGCGCCCAGCCAAAAGUACUGAGCGUGAAGGGAUAGUCUCCUGAUGAAAGCACGUGCAACAGGUGUCUCCAACGCAGCUAUGCCCUGCGUUCAAACCCAGUAUGGAACUCUGCCUUAUGAAAACAACUACUUCAACUCUGAGUUUCUGAGCCCGGACUUCACUGCCAAGCUGGUCAUGGACCUCAGCAGUCAGACGGAGCAGCUGUCCGCCUCCUCCCUGCCCAGCAUCAGCACCCUGGUGGGGGACUACUCGGGGGAGUUUGACGCCUUCGCCUGCCAGAUCCCCCCUGCCGGCGCCACCUCCACCACCUCGGCCCAGGCGGGGGCUCCCGAGGCCUCCAGCCCCCUCGGCGGCCACCAGUCGCCCCUCAAGCUGGACGACCUCCAGGUCUACGGCUGCUACCCGGGGACGUUCGCCCUCAGCUACCUGGACGAGACGCUGUCGUCCUGCGGCUCCGACUACUACGGCAGCCCCCUGUCGGCCGCCGCCUCGCCGCCCACCCCGGGCUACCAGACCACGCCGCAGCCCGUCUCCUCCGCCUGGGACUCCCCGUUCGCCCCCUACUCCCCUGGUCCCGGCUGCUGGGUCUCGGACAAGGCCGGCCUGCCGCAGCCGCCCAGCUUUUUCACCUUCAACACCUCUGUGGAUCCCCAGUCGUCGCCGCUGGACCCCACUGGGCAGGCUGGCAUGGGUGAGGAUGACCCGUUCUCCCAGCUGCCUCAGCAGCAGCAGCAGCAGCAUCAGCAGCAUGCCUCCCCACAGCACUACGGCCACCUGGGCCUGGAGACCUCGCCCCUGGACAGCCCCCUCCUCAUGGAGGGCUCGCACGCCUCGCCCAAGACCAGGUCUCCCACGUCCAACGAGGGACGCUGCGCCGUGUGCGGGGACAACGCCUCCUGCCAGCACUACGGCGUGCGGACGUGUGAAGGCUGCAAAGGGUUCUUCAAGAGAACCGUGCAGAAAAACGCAAAGUACGUGUGCCUUGCCAACAAAGACUGCCCGGUGGACAAGCGGCGGAGGAACCGCUGCCAGUUCUGCCGCUUCCAGAAGUGCCUGGCAGUGGGCAUGGUGAAAGAAGUGGUGCGCACAGACAGUCUUAAAGGUCGACGAGGUCGUCUACCUUCAAAGCCAAAGAAUGUUCCAGAUUCCAACGCCUCAAAUGCUCCCAUGAACAUCAUCUCGUCGUUGGUCCGAGCACACAUAGACUCCAACCCCAGCUUGAGCAAGCUGGACUACUCCAAGUACAAGGAGAAGGUGGAGGGACUGACAGAGAAGGAGGAUGCCAAUGACAUCCAGCAGUUCUACGAUCUGCUCACGGGUACCAUGGAGGUGAUCAGGAAGUGGGCUGACACGAUACCAGGGUUCUCCGCCUUCUGCCCAGAGGACCAGGAGCUGCUCCUGGAGUCAGCCUUCGUGGAGCUCUUCAUCCUUCGCCUGGCCUACAGGUCAAACCCAGAGAAGGACAAGCUGAUCUUCUGCAACGGGAUGGUUCUGCAUCGCUUACAGUGUGUCCGCGGCUUCGGUGACUGGAUCGACUCCAUCAUGGAGUUCUCCCAGAGUCUGCACCGCAUGAACCUGGACGUCUCCUCCUUCUCCUGUCUCGCCGCCCUCGUCAUUAUCACAGAUCGCCACGGUCUUAAGGAGCCCAAGCGCGUGGAGGAGUUCCAGACCCGGCUGCUGGCUUGCUUCCGGGAGCACGUGAGUGGCACCAGCACGGCGGAGCCCAGCCAGAGCCAGCCCAGCUCCCUCUCUCGUCUGCUGGGCAAGCUGCCCGAGCUGCGGACGCUCUGCAUACAGGGCCUGCAGCGCAUCUUCUACCUGAAGCUGGAGGACCUGGUGCCUCCGCCGCCCAUCGUGGACAAAAUAUUCAUGGAUACUCUUCCUUUCUGAGGAUGGACUCUUCGUCUCGAAUCGUGGCACGAACAUGAACAGGACUGUUUAUAUCUUAAGAGAAAAGAGAGGAGAGACGGUGGAAGGAAGACAACACGCAAACAUUCUCUGUUUUUGCAAGAGAUGUAAAUGUUUGUUUUCCCAUGAUGGGAAAGGACUUACUGUACUGUGACUGUAUGUGAUGGACUUCAUCUCUGUUGAACCCCCCAAAAAAAUCCCCUCACUGCCACAACGGUACUCAAACAAACACAUGCAGCAAACACAGCCAAAUAGACCACGGAGUAUUUUAAGUGUCUUCUCCAGGUCAAUGAUGUACAUUGACUGAUUGACAAAUGGUCAUAUUGAUCACGCCACCUGACAGACAUUGAGAGGUGCAAACCCCAGACUGUAAAACAAAAAGAGAUUUUCACUUCUCUCCCACACACUCGUUGGCCAAGAGUGCUUUGCUUCUCUGUCGUCAAUCCUUUUUUUUGUGCAGAGGAUGUCUACGUACAGCCAGAUGUUUGUUCAAAAGCAACAAAAAUGAUAUCUAAGGGCAUUAGUUACAAAAGAGACUGUCUGUUUUUGUAUGAAUGUGUGUUUAUAGACAAUGGAGUGGCCUAAUUGCUAUGCAAACGUAUGCUCAUGUUUUACAUUAUAUGUGUUUGCGACGUUGGUUGUCUGUAAGAUUACAGGAAAUGAACUGAUAACCUGUAACAAAAAUACUGUUUUUAUUCUUAACAAUCGGACACGGCAGAAUAUCAUAAAACUACUUUCAAAGAGACCAAAGUCUAAAAACGCAAAAGAAGGUCUCACAUGUCAUGGGAGGACAUUUCGGUCCCUCAUUUCACACUGGCAUUGUAGUUUUUUUUCUUGAUCUAUCAUGUAUGUGCCAUGAUAACUCACAAUAACACCUAAAGUUCCCGGACCAAAGGAGAGCUGUUUGUGCCGCACAAAACAAGAGUCGAUUGCAUUGUCCCAACAACUCGGGAAAGAAAGUACAGCAUUCACAAGGAAGCCUCAGGCGGAACCUUUGGCUAAUGGAACCAGCAUUGUUGGUUUUGGAAAAAAAGGACAAAAAAUAGAAAUGGGCACAGAAUUCCCCACUGGCAGCUAUUCAGCUAGGAAAUCAGACAUGUACUGCACUAAAACUGGGAUCUACUCACACAGCACAUCCUGCUCUUCAGUCUGGACUCUCCAGUGUCCUCCUUAACGGUGCCUUUCAGUCACAAUGUCAAUUCGUCACGUUGCCUUUGUAUGUUUAGUUCAUAGAUUUUAAAUUGUAUUUCAUUUUGUUUGAAUACAUAGCAUUACACUUCAGAAACUUUUUGUGACAAAUCUAAUCAUAGAGGAUACAUAGAACAUGUGCUUGGUACGAUAAUAAUCCUUUGCCAUUUCCCACACAUUAUAAAGGCAUUUACUUUUUUUUCCGUUAUUUUUUAUAUGCCACGUCAGGUGCUUGUCAUUGUAUUUCAUUACAACAGAAAGAUGUUCUGGAUUGUCCUUGUGAAUAAAAAAAACCCAAAAACAACAUAUAUCUGUAUUGAGCCUCUGACUGGUUCUAAGGCUAAUGGCACACUCGGUAACUAUUUGAGCAGUGCUGCUGUCCACUGAGGGGUUCCCUUCAAAUCAUUUGUAUUGGAUGGUCACCCUGAUUUGCACACAGCUGAUCUAGGGUCUUCAGAUUAAAAAAAAAAAAAAAAAAAAA